AUGGCAGGUGUCGGGGGUAUAGUCAAUGGCAUCAGGGUGACGCCCGAUGAUCCUACUCGAGUCGUCCCCGUCAGUGCUCAAGACGCAAAGACGGGUCAAGACAGAUCAUUUGAUUAUACCAAUUGUAAAGUCGUCGGCAAUGGGAGUUUCGGAGUUGUUUACGCAGCGAAAAUGCUUCCUUCCAAACUUCCCGAUGGAACAGAUGAACCAGAACAAGAAAUUGCUAUCAAGAGAGUGCUGCAGGAUAAGCGGUUCAAGAAUCGAGAACUGCAGAUAAUGCGUUUGGUCAGUCAUCCGAAUGUCGUCGAAUUGAAAGCAUUCUUCUACUCCAACGGUGACAAGAAAGAUGAAGUAUUCUUAAACCUCGUAUUGGAAUUCGUCCCCGAGACGGUCUAUCGAGCCUCGAGAGUUUAUUCCAAACUCAAACAAACUAUGCCCAUGCUUCAAAUCAAAUUGUACAUGUAUCAACUCCUCCGUUCGCUCGCCUAUAUACAUUCGAUUGGUAUUUGUCAUCGAGACAUCAAACCUCAGAAUUUGUUGCUGAACCCGGCCACGGGUGUGCUCAAGUUGUGCGAUUUUGGGAGUGCAAAGAUACUCGUAGCUGGGGAACCGAAUGUCAGCUAUAUCUGUUCGAGGUAUUACCGAGCACCGGAGUUGAUCUUUGGCGCUACGAAUUAUACGACUAAUAUUGACAUCUGGUCCACCGGUUGCGUCAUGGCAGAAUUGAUGCUCGGUCAACCGCUCUUCCCCGGUGAAUCAGGCAUCGAUCAGCUUGUAGAGAUUAUCAAGGUGUUGGGCACACCGACGAGAGAACAGAUCAAGACGAUGAACCCGAACUAUAUGGAACAUAAAUUCCCUCAAAUCAAGGCUCAUCCAUUCAGCAAAGUCUUCCGACCUCGCACGCCUCAAGAUUCAAUCUCUCUCAUUACGAAUUUACUCGAGUAUACUCCCACCAGUCGUCUCUCAGCGCCCGAAGCAAUGUGUCAUGAAUUCUUCAACGAGUUACGCAGAGAGGGAAUCCGACUUCCCAAUGGAAAGGAGAUGCCAGAUUUAUUCGACUUUACCAGAGAAGAAUUGUCUGCUCGUCCUGACCUGAUUCGUCAGCUCGUCCCACCUCAUGCGGAAGCUGCUCUCCGAGCACGGGGUGUGGAUAUCGACGAUUUUGUGCCUAUCCCUCUGGAGCAAUUGCGUAUCACUUUGGAUGUGGGUAGAGUUUUCAUUUGA